GCGGACCAACCCCGAAAAAAAAAAUUCCCGGCCACUGCUCCAAUAGGAAAAAAAGCCGCACGAUAUCGGAUGACCAAUCAGACCAACAGAGUACGAUUCAAGCUGACCAAUAAGGGAGGCGCAGGGCGGGGAUGGCGCGUCUGUUGCUGGGUAGAAGUUUGAGCACAGUAUAUGAGGCCCGGCAUUGCUCGCUCUUCUUCGGUACUGGAAAGCCCUUUGCCUACGAGCUACGAAAAGAGCUGCUUUGCACCAUCCAACCCUCCUGCUUGUCUUCGUUUAUUACUCUCAGAAGAUGCCGUGAAAGAAUAAGCAAGUAAGAUAGAUCUACGGCGUCUCGGCCAUGGGGAGCGAGCAGGAAGUAAGAGUAUUGACAGGUGGGCGGGGCUCUGGCGCGACUGCGCAGAUGCUACCACUGAAGUACUGAAAGACGGGCGCACACACGCUUCCGUGCUACGAGGCACUUGAGUCGCAGCCAGCCUUGCCGGCUCGGGCGUCCGUGCGGCUGCGCAGUUAAGACGCCUCCGGUGAUUGGCCCGGAUCUCUGAGGGGGAGGGAGGAGAAGUGAGGGAACUCCGUCGUCCUGGGCGCGCACUCGCCCGCGGUCGAGAACCGAGUAUCUAGGCGGCUACUCCUCACUGUCUUGAUUUGGGGCUCGGUGAGCCGAAAGGGGCCGGGCAGAAGGAAGGCGACACGAACGCGCCGCGGGGAUCGCGCGGACUCACUCCGCCGCUUCCUGCGUGCGCUCACUAGCGCGGGCUCAGUGCUGGCGCGGGAGGCGGAGGCGGGCGGCGGCGGCGGCGCCUGCGCGGUCGGGCUCGGUCGACAGUUCGCAGGGGAGGAGGCGGCGGGAGGCGGAGGAGGCGGCGGCGGCGAUGGAGGUGAAGCGGCUGAAAGUGACCGAGCUGCGGUCGGAGCUGCAGCGGCGGGGCCUCGAUUCGCGCGGCCUCAAGAUGGAUCUGGCGCAGCGGCUUCAGGAGGCGCUAGAUGCUGAGAUGCUGGAGGACGAGGCCGGCGUUGGCGGGGCCGGGCCCGGCGGGGCCUGCAAGGCGGAGCCUCGGCCUGUGGCCGCGUCGGGCGGAGGCCCGGGCGGGGACGACGACGACGAGGACGACGACGAGGAGGAGGAGGACGAGGAGGCGCUGCUUGAGGACGAAGACGAGGAGCCACCUCCCGCUCAAGCUCUGGGCCAGGCCGCGCAGCCGCCUCCGGAGCCCCCGGAGGCGUCAGCCAUGGAGGCCGAACCCGAAUCUUCCGACACACCGGCGGAGGCCACGGCCGGGUCAGGUGGGGUAAACGGUGGUGAAGAGCACGACACCGGCAAGGGGGAGGAAGACGGGCCGGAGGAACGGAGCGGGGAUGAGACGCCGGGAUCCGAGGCACCGGGUGACAAGGCCACAGAGGAACAAGGAGAUGACCAGGAUAGUGAAAAGUCAAAACCAGCAGGCUCAGAUGGUGAGCGGCGGGGGGUAAAGAGACAGCGGGAUGAGAAGGAUGAACAUGGCCGAGCUUACUAUGAAUUCCGAGAGGAGGCUUACCACAGCCGCUCGAAGUCCCCACCACCUCCAGAAGAAGAAGCAAAAGAUGAAGAGGAGGAUCAGACGCUUGUGAACCUGGACACGUAUACCUCGGAUCUCCAUUUUCAAAUAAGCAAAGACCGAUAUGGAGGGCAGCCACUUUUCUCAGAAAAAUUUCCUACCCUUUGGUCUGGGGCAAGAAGUACUUAUGGAGUAACAAAGGGAAAAGUAUGCUUUGAGGCCAAGGUAACACAGAAUCUCCCAAUGAAAGAAGGCUGCACAGAAGUUUCUCUCCUUAGAGUUGGGUGGUCUGUUGAUUUUUCCUGUCCACAGCUUGGUGAAGAUGAAUUUUCUUAUGGUUUUGAUGGAAGAGGACUCAAGGCAGAGAAUGGGCAAUUUGAGGAAUUUGGCCAGACUUUUGGGGAGAAUGAUGUCAUUGGCUGUUUUGCUAAUUUUGAGACUGAAGAAGUAGAGCUUUCCUUCUCCAAGAAUGGAGAAGACCUGGGUGUGGCAUUCCGGAUCAGCAAGGAAUCUCUGGCAGAUCGAGCCCUUCUACCCCAUGUCCUCUGUAAGAAUUGUGUCGUAGAAUUAAACUUUGGUCAGAAGGAGGAGCCCUUUUUCCCACCACCAGAAGAGUUUGUGUUCAUCCAUGCUGUGCCUGUUGAGGAGCGUGUGCGGACUGCAGUUCCUCCCAAGACCAUAGAGGAGUGUGAGGUGAUUCUGAUGGUGGGACUUCCUGGAUCUGGAAAGACCCAGUGGGCACUAAAAUAUGCAAAAGAAAACCCUGAGAAAAGAUACAAUGUCCUGGGAGCUGAAACUGUGCUCAGUCAAAUGAGGAUGAAGGGGCUGGAGGAACCAGAGAUGGACCCCAAGAGCCGAGACCUCUUAGUUCAGCAAGCCUCCCAGUGCCUUAGUAAGCUGGUCCAGAUAGCUUCCCGAUCAAAGAGGAACUUCAUUCUUGAUCAGUGCAAUGUCUACAACUCUGGCCAACGAAGGAAGUUAUUGCUGUUCAAGACCUUCUCCAGAAAAGUGGUGGUAGUUGUCCCUAAUGAGGAAGAUUGGAAGAAGAGGCUGGAAUUGAGGAAAGAAGUGGAGGGAGAUGAUGUGCCUGAGUCUAUAAUGCUGGAGAUGAAAGCCAACUUCUCUCUGCCUGAGAAAUGCGACUAUAUGGAUGAGGUGACAUAUGGGGAGCUGGAAAAAGAGGAAGCCCAACCCAUUGUUACUAAAUACAAGGAGGAAGCAAGGAAGCUGCUGCCCCCCUCUGAGAAGCGGACAAACCGCAGGAACAACCGUAACAAGAGAAACCGGCAGAACCGAAGCCGAGGCCAGGGCUAUGUGGGCGGGCAGCGCCGAGGCUACGACAACCGGGCCUACGGGCAGCAGUACUGGGGGCAGUCUGGAAACAGAGGGGGCUACCGUAAUUUCUAUGAUCGAUACAGGGGUGACUAUGAUCGAUUCUACGGACGAGAUUAUGAGUACAACAGAUACAGAGACUAUUACAGACAAUACAACCGGGAUUGGCAGAAUUACUACUACCACCACCAACAGGACAGAGACCGAUACUACAGGAACUACUACGGUUACCAAGGGUAUCGGUGAAGCCCCUGCUGUUUUCACCUGUCAGCCAUGAAGCUGAGUCUCUGGGGGUGCCAGGCACUCCCCAAAACACAACCAAGGAAAACAGGGGCUGUCGGGGUGGGGCUGAGCUGCCGGGGUGGGGCUGAGCUGCCUGGGAGGGGUGGUUGGGGGGAGGGUCUGCAAGCAGGGGUGGGGGGGGGGAAGUGGAAACAAAACAAAACUGUACAUUUUUUUUAAAAAGUUUGUUGAAAAGAAUAUUGUCUUAUUCUAUAAAACAUUUCAAACCUAGUUAGGUUAUUUGUAAUCAAAAAACAUUUGCACAGAAAGCAGCACUUAGGGCUGCCUGUUCUGUACCCUGCAGCUGGAAAGGAAAAGAAUUGAAAAUGACACCCUCCAGCAUUCCGAGACAACUGGAAUGAUAGCCCAGUAAGGGAGAGCGGUCUGGGGAGAAGGAGACACCAUGAGGGGCUCUGCAUAGCAGGCAGGAGUGGGGUCAGAGGAGGAGCGCCUGUGACAGGGCAGUGAAAUAAACGAUUGGCUCUUAUCAAUCACUCGCACCAACUAACCAUUUGUAUUUUCUUUACCAACCUUUUCCUCUUGGGAUAUCUGGUCUAUUAAUUAGUCCAGUGGGACAAUGUCCCAUUGUCCGCUUUGUUGUGCCUUUGUGCUGCCUGCCUAAGGCACAGAGACUGCUAUUGGGUGGUUCUAUUAUAUAGGAUUCCCAGGCCAUGGGGUUGGGGACUGCAGAUCAGAAUAGUUUGUCCCCAUCCUUGUUAUACUCAGUAAAUUCCCAUAAAAUCUGGAGGAGGGUGGGAACACAGCCCUCAGUCUGAAGAUGGUGAUUUGCCAGGCCCUUGUCUCUGUCUUCUGAGUUGAUAGAGGCAAGAGAUCUCAAGAAUCAUUUGCUAAGAUUGCCUGCCUCUUACAGUGUGAGGGAAGGAAUGAUUCUCAGGGUUUCAGCUCACAGAACGCAGCAAGACUAUGUUCACUGCAUCAGGAUAUGUAUAUAGGUAAAUCCUGUGGUGUGGGCUGUCAGGCCCAGGUGCUGAGAAUAGCAACUAUUUUCUACAGUGUGGGGACUCUGCCCUUCUGCUGUUUUUGUUUUUGUUUUUGUUUUGAUACACAGGUAGAAAGUGAGUAGAAGGGGGUGGGGGGCAGCUCAUUGGGGCUGCAGAAACUUGGGAAGACUGUGUGAAUAUGUGUGGGUGCAUGCAGGGGGAGCACCUUUUCCCAACUUGUUGAAACAGGAUUCCUUCUGGGGUGCUUCCUUGUGAGCCCCAGAGAGGCCUCUCAUCAAGAGACUUCAUUUGGGAUCAUUUAGGGUGUAACUUUACCUACCAACACCCUCCCGGUUCUUGACAGAACAGCUACAGGUUGCUGUGUUCAAGAAUGUGGGCAGGAUUGGCAAUGCUCUUUCAAUAUUGAGCUUCAAUUUAAAUCAUCAUCUUGCUUAGCUAAAAGCUUACUCAGCAACAGCAUCCUACAGCACUUCCUGGUGAGAAAACAUCUGGGCUGUGCUACUAGAACAUAUUUCACUUCCACUUCCUCACCUGAGCAGUUAGUUCUCUUGUUUAAUCUUGUGCUGAGAUUUGGAUCUUCCCUGUCCUGAUGUCCUUGCUGGGCAGUGCUUCUCUGGGUGUUCAGACCUUCAUUCUGACUCUGGUCUGUUAGGAUUCACCCUUCUGUUCAAGGACCUCUUUAAAGGCUGUAGCAGGGCCUGGAAGGAGAUAGCUUGCUCAUAUUGUGUCUUUUCUAUUGCACCUGUCCCUUAUGGUGCCACAAAUGGAUCUGUGUGUGGCAGUGGGUGGAAUGAUUGCAUGUAUCUUUUGUAACUCACUGGCAUUAUUAAGGGAAAUUGAGAAAGCUUUGUUUAUAAUGUCAGGACAAAAAGGUAAAAACUGGAGCCCAAAGAAAUCCCAUUAGGACAAGAUUAUGUUAUAAUAGAAAACUUAAUUUCCAGAGGCAGAAGCUGCCCCUUCAGAUAUUCAGUCCUCCAACGAAUAACACAUUUAUAGUAGUAUGUGACAUGGAUUAUGGACAGUAGGGCCCACGGACAGGGACAUAAGCUUAACACUGAAGUUUGGGGCAGUGGGUUAGAGAAUAUACUUGCUGUUGAUUUGACAAUAGAAAAGUUGUUCUUUUUUUUUUUUUUAAAGCUGUUUUUCUAGUUGAAUGGCGAAUAAAACUGCCACAUCCUUGUUGGGUCUGUCCAGGAGGUCUCUUGCAUCAAAGUGAAUGUCUGCAUUUUGUUUCUGUCUUGUGUUUUUAUUAUGAAAAGAAAUGUUAUAGUGGGUUGGGGGGUGGAUUAUGGUAACAGGAGGGAUCCUCGGCUUUGUUUUUCUUAAAAGACUUGUUUAGUAUUUUUAUCGGACCUCUGUUGUAGUUGUAGAUGGAAAAGCUUGUGAGAAAAACAAACACCACAUGGAGCCUGUAAAUGUUUUUGCACAACCUGUAAAGCAUUCUUGGAAGUGGCCAGUAAAAAAAGAAAAAAAGGGUUUUACCAUUUAAAAAAAUAAUGUAACUGUGUCAUUGUUUACAUCUGUAACUUACCCUGUUUUCAUUACACCAUUCUGGCAACAAAUGUAGGCACAGUAGUUCCAGUUUUAGAAUAAAUAACCAUUUGGAUUGAA